GUUGUGCCAGGAAAGAACAGAAACCAGGUCAUUCAGGAGUGCCAGACCACUUUUGAGAAGAUCCUUCAGAUCAAGCAAGCCAAGAUGAUAGCUGCUUCUGCUGCGACAUCCAAGAAGACAAAAGGAUCGCACAGUACCACAACCACAGCCGUUGCUGUUACUGCAACUACACCCAAGGCAAAAGUGUUCACUCCGGGACUCCAGAACCUGGGAAACACAUGCUUCUUCAACUCUGUUGCCCAGGUCUUGACGGAGACAAGGUCACUAAGGACCGUUCUGUCUGAUACCGGGAAUGAAUCUGCUGUUUUUCCAAAGUCCCUCGCCGCUAGUACUGAUGCAGGACUCGGACCUCUGACUACGAACCUCAAAGAGUUUUUGAGUACGAUGUGGAAGCAACAAGGCGGAACUGUCGCCCCUCGAGAGAUCUUUACACAGAUUACAAAAAAGUGGAAGGUAUUCCGUGGGUUUAAACAGCAAGACAGUCAGGAACUUAUGCGAUAUUUAUUUGAUGGAAUCAAGCAAGAAGAGCUGGACAUGAUCAAGAGGCAGCUUGCAAAUGAAGCAGAGGAGGAGAAGAAGUUUAAUAGCCAGGGCUCCACGGAGGAUGACACGGAGGACAGCACAGAAGAAGCGGAUUCUGAAAAGAAAGAGGCAGAGAACGUGCCCAAAUAUGUGCCGUUCAUUGAUAGCUGCUUCUCAGGAAAACUCGUUAGUGUUAUUGUCUGCGACGCAUGCAAGAAGUGUUCGUAUGCGCCCGAGGACUUUUUCGAUUUAUCAUUACCUGUGCGUGGCCUCACACAGAGUGGGCUAUCUGCGAGAUCAAGUCUGAAGGCUCGCUUUGUGGCAUCGAAGCAGGCAUCUGUCGCCACGGAAGCAGGACCUUCUUCAAUCAGCGAGUUUUCUCUGGACGAAAAGGAUCCAAUCCCAGAAUUAGAGAAACCUUCGGAGGCCCAUAUGCGACACGUCGAGAAAAUGCUCAGGAACAUUGGCAGCUCCGACUCCGAGACACUUUCAAUCCAGCGAUCCUUGAACCAGUUCACGAGUGUCGACUGCCUAGACGACGACAACAAGUUUGCUUGUGAGAAUUGCUUCGAGUUGAUUCGUGGAUCCAAGCAAAAUGGCGAAGCUUCGGCUGAGCAACCGGAGGAUCAAGAGGGCGAGAAAGAAGGCAGUGAUGAGGACAAGAGAGAUCAAGAGGGCGACAAAGAAGGCAGUGAUGAGGACAAGGGAGAUCAGGAGAGUAUACCGGAGGCUGAUAAAAUCGAAGAGUCCACAAGAAAACAAGAUAAAAAUCACGCAUCUAAUUCAGGAAUGGAAUCGCAAUCGGACGACGGCGAAGAAGGAAACGAGCAGGCAGAUCGGUUCGGUAACAGUAUUCCUACGAAGACCUCCACAGCUGCAGCCAAGAAGCCGGCGAAGAAGGAGGAGGAAGAAAAGUACAUCUUCCGCAAGGCGUACAAGCGAUAUUUGAUCUCACAGCUCCCGCCAACAUUGGUCCUGCACUUGAAGCGAUUUGAGCAGUCUGGACGGUUCGGUUUGAUGCGUAAAAUCGAGGAUCAUGUUGACAUUCCUGUAGAACUCGAUAUGAGCCCCUAUUUCUUACCCAAGAGCGAGAUCGAAGAUGAAGAUGAAGACCACGAACACUCACAGGACGACGGGCUCUCCAAGAAGUACCGACUGUAUGGAGCGGUCGUACAUAUGGGCACGCUGGCUGGAGGGCACUACACGAACUACGUCUUGUCAUCCAAGGUCGCUCUGCCCGAGGCGUCCAAGCCUGCCGUGGAGGAAAAAGAGAAGAUAAACAAGAAGUCGAUAAUGGACGUGAAUGGCUAUGAGCUGCCUGAUGUCUCAUUGGCAGUUAUAUCGGCGCAGCAAAAGGAGGGGAAGAAGACUAAGGGCUCAUCGGCCUCAUUGGCAUCGGUAGAUAUCGCUGGAUCUGACAAGGAUGUGGUCGAUGCAGCUGCUGGGGAACAGAGGGAGGAGGAAGAAGUGAUCGAUAAUAGGCAGUGGAUUGCAUGCAGCGAUACGAGUGUUCGGUUGUCCAGUCUACAGGAUGUCUUAGCAAGUCGUGCAUACCUCCUAUUUUACGAGCGCUGUUGAAGAGAUCGGUACUGCCCAACAAAUAAAAUAAACGCGACAACGACGCACAGAC